GCUUACUCGCCGGAAAUAUACACCUAUAUAUAUUUACGUAAGGAAUUACCUAUAAGCAAGAGAGGAGGGUCGUGAGAGGUCUAGGAAUACUUCCCAAUAAAUUCCAGACCGAUUCGUAGUCACCGGAGCAUCCUAGAGGUCGCCGGAGUUGCAAGCCGUGGAAACGGGUCUUCAGAAAAGACACGAUUUUGCCGUAGAUAGGGGUGGCGGAGCUUCUCCUCGACGUGAGGAUCAUUUUGCAACUUGAAUCGUCGAAAUCCGUUACCUGUAAGUAAAGUUAUCGCUCGCCGGAGUUUUCGGGAUUCCGGUCGCCGGAAUCGCGACCUGGAGAAGAGCUGGGAAGGAGACAACCCAGUCUUCUUGGGCCGGGUCGCGAAUUUGGGCCGGUUCGGCCCGUUUUCAAUAAAAAAUUAAAAAUAAAAUAGUAAAUGAAAUAAACAAAAUCUGGAAAAAUAUAAAUUAAAUACCUGGUAUAAAAAUACAUAUUCGGACCAAGAAUAAUUGAAAAAUAAUAUUUUUAGCUAUUUUUAAUUGAUUUAAUUGUAAUUGGGCCAAGUUGUACACAUUUAGUAAAUAAUUAACUAAAUGACGAAAAUAAUUAUGAAAUAAAUAUGGGAGCAAGCUAGAUUAAAUAUAUGACUAACUAGGACAUUUGGGACCAUUUAUAAUUAAUAAAAAUUAUAAUUAGCAUAUUUAAUUGUAAUUAAACCGGUUAAUAGAUAUAUGAAAUUAAGUGAAUAAAUAAAGGAAAUAAUUCUAAAAUAAAUAUCUGGAAAACCUAGGUCAAGUAUAGACCCAAACUAUAGUUAUGGAUGAUUAGUAAUUUAUAAAAGUGACGAUUAAGUUAUUUAAUUUAAUUGAGCCAUAUAAACUAGUUAAGUAAUUAAAUAAGGAAAUUUUGAUAUUAAUGGUGAAAUAAAUAUAUCACUAAGAUUGAAAAUAAUGUUCUGGACUUAAAAUGAUGUUUGUAAUAAAAUAAGGAAAAGAAAAUAAAGUUGGGUUAUCUAGUAUAAAUGAAUGACUAUAUUUGGACUUAAUAAAUAAAUUAUUGAAUUAGUUGACUAAUUAAAUUAGCGUGAUUAAAUUAAUAAUUAUUAUCCUUGAUUAUUAGUGAUUUGGACUCCAUAUAAAUUAUUAAACUAUUUGAACUCAUAAAAAUUAGUUGAUGAAUAUAAACAAAUUAAUUAAGUAAUGUGUACUUAAUAAGUUAGUUAAUUGACUUCAUUGGACUAGUUUAACUAAAUCAAUUAGUUUAAUGGAUAAAUUAGUUAAUUUAUAGACUUGAUAACAUUUCUGGACUUUAUGUUAAAAAUAGAAAAUUAAAACGAGAUUAGAAUUUGAUUAUUGGACUUAAUUGAAUUAGAUUAACGUAUUUAGCUAUAUUGAUAUAAUUAAACUUAUUUAUUUGAUUUAGUUAGUUCAAUUAAAUUAGUGAGUCAAAUAAAUAAAACUGGAGGAUUGGAUAAAUUAAUUUAAUUAGGUUAGUUAGUGUAAGGAAUAAAUGUAAUUAGAUUUUGAUGAUGCUAGGAUGUCUAGAUUAGAAUUUUAAAGUACCCCCAAUUAGAUUUUAUGUAUUAGAAUUUUCAUUUGUAAGUAUUAGUGUAGUCGACGAUCAGAGUUGCUCUGUUUUGGAUCAGAUCAGAAGUGCAUCAGAACUGCUCGACCAAACUUGCUCUAUGAGAACUGCUCCAUCAGAGUUCUCUUACCAGAAGUCCAUCAGAGUUGCACCAUGAGAGUUGCUGAUAAACUUGGACAUCUGAUAACCGAUGAGAGUUACAGAUCAGAGGUACUCAUCAGCGGACCUAUCAGAGUCAGAGUUAGAGUUCAGUCAGAGAUCAGAAAGCCAUCAGAACUCAACUCAUCAGUAAGCCAUCAGAAUCCAACACAUCAGAAGAGCCUGAUCAGAGCCCGACUAACACUUAGAAGAUUUCAAGCAACAUCCAACAGCUAUGAAUCCAACGGGUAAAAACAUCCAACGGCUAGAAGACUGUGCAUGAAAGGAAAGCAUUUAAUGCACAUUAAAUGAGCCUGAUACGCUGAAGGAUUGAUUGCAAAUGAUUGACCAAGGAAUCCGGGAAGAUAUAUUAUAAAAAUAGAAACCUUCCAAAACGGCGGUCAAGUCAACUGUACGCGCAUUUAAUGCAGUUGUCUCCUCCUCCAACGGGCAGACAACCUCAGUAUAUAAGCUACACACCGAAGAACAGAAAAACAACUUUGCUAAAAAAACUUUUGCUCCAUUUACUGAACAUACUUCUUGAGAUUCAAUCCUCAUAACACUCUACAAGAAAAGUCCUACGUUGGGAAGAUUCAAACUCCAAAUCUUUCAUCCCCAACAACGAGCAAAGUUCAUCCUGUUCUUCAACACUUCAAGAUCUUCAUAACACAUCAAUUGUGACGAAGCUAGUUGGAGGAAAAACUUUGUGUUUUUCAAAGGAUCUUCUGCAAAGAAGGGCGUCCAAGUAACUGCAGCAGUGAAGUGGUGAUACUUCCGGGAAGCUGAGUGAAAGGACCAGUCAUCAGGAAGCAGGACUGCAUCCCGGGUGACAACUAGGCUUGAAGAAGGCGUGGAGAACUUCUUAAGUGCUAGGGAUUGGCUUUGUAACCGAUCUACUUCAAAGCUAGUGGAACAGUGGACUAGAGGAACGCGUUGUUCCUUGAACCACUAUAAAAAUAUCCGGUGUCAUUUACUUUACUGCAAUUUAUAUUUCUGCACUUAGGAUAUUAACUGUUAACUCUAAGACUUGGAAUCUGUGUUCAGCAGAUCUUGUUUUCAGAGUUAUCAGAAAGGCAUAUGCCUUAGUGUUUCAGAGGCUACCCGGACAGAUCAGAAUCCGCUGCCAAGGCCAGUUCUGAUAUCAGAACCAGCCUUUCUCUGUCACCAGAAUCAGACAUUCUCUGAUAAGUCAUUUUUGACUUAGAGAAAAGUUGAAAAACCAAUCAGUCUAUUCACCCCCCCCUCUAGACUGAUUACUAUAUUAAACGGGACCAACAAGUGGUAUCAGAGCCUCCUUGUUCUUGUAAUCUUUUAGGUUACUCUCUGAACAAAAGAUCCACUUGUUCUUAGCCUCUAUUUACUUACUAUUAUGGAUAACUCUCUUGCAAAGCACCUCAUGUUUUCAGAUCAGAAGUAUGAUGACUGGAAGAUCAGAAUGAAAGCACACCUCUGCGCUCUUCAUGAUGAAAUGUGGGAAGUCCUUGAAGAAGGACCUUUCACCAAAUUUAUGAAGGUGAAUACUGAGCAUACUAUUGACAGGACUCAGCCUGAGAUGAUUGAGAAAGCCAGAUCAGAAUGGACAAAGGAAGAGAGGAGACAGUACAAUCUUGACAAUAUUGCCAAAGAUAUCCUCUACAAAGCCAUCGACAACAGAUACUUCAACAGAAUCAAGAAGUGUCGAACUGCCAAAGAAAUAUGGGACAAACUUGAUCUCAUAGGAGCAGGUGAUGAACAAGAGAGAGACAACAAACUGACAAUAGCUAUGAAGAAGUUUGAUGACUUCAAACUUCUACCUGAGGAAUGCAUAGCUGAGAUGCAUGCCAGACUUCUGAUUCUUACCAGUGAGAUAUCCGAGCUUGGGAAGGAGCUCACAGUUAAAGAAGUCAACCUGAAGAUUCUCAGAGGACUGCCCCCAGUCUGGAAGAUGAAGGUUAUUGCUGUCCAAGAAAGCAAGGACAUCAAAACCUAUCCCACAGAGAAACUGAUAUCUGAUCUCAAAGCUUAUGAGUUUGAGAUGCAUGAUGAGAAAGAAGAAGUGCCAGAUGAGAGAACCACAACUGCUCUUACUGCCAGCACUUCUAAGGCUACAAAUUUUGAUCCCUCAACUCUUCUAUCUGAUGAAUAUAUGGCUGCCUUUGCCAGAAAAUUCAGAAAAUUUAUGAAGAAAGAUGGAAGGAGUCCAUCUUCCAUCAGAAGACCACAUCAGAAGACCAAAUCUUCUGAAAGCAAUGGAGAGUACCUCUGCCACAACUGCAGACAGCCUGGGCACUUCAAAGCAAACUGCCCCUAUCCAAGAGUGUCCAAGAAGCAAGGACAAGAAGAAGAAAAGAAACCUGAUGAUCAACAUAGAAGAAGAAGAGCUUUUGUCUCAGAACAAGCUGAGAGAGAUCCACUCUCUGAAUCAGAGUCCAGCUCAGACUCCGACUCUGAUGAAGCUUUCUGCUGCUUGGAUGCAGAAACUGAAGACCUUUGCCUCAUGGCACAAUCAGAUGAUGAGGUAUGUUCUACAGCUGAUUCUAUCUCUUCUUCGGUAGGCACAGCCUUAAAUGAUGAUCCAAUGUCAUCAUUUUGGGAAGAGUUCAAGACUAUCCAAGGAUCUUAUUCCUUUAUUAAAGAAGAGAACAGUAAGCUGAAAGCUGAAAAUGAGUCCCUUCUAAAGAGAAUAAGAGAGAUUGAACAUCUUGAAGUCAGAUACAAUAGCCUUCUGAAGAUGCAGUCUUCUAUGAAGGGUAUCAAUGACUUUCACAACUCUACCCCUGGUCUUGGAUAUGUUGAACUCAAGUCUGGUGAAUCUUCUGUAAGGCCUAGCACCCAAGUUGCUAAAGCCAAAAAGGUCAUAAUUUCACAGACUUGCAGCCCCAUUUGCCAUGCUAGUACUUCUGGUACUAAAGUUGCUCAUGAGAAGGUCAUACCAGAGAAACAAACUCUAAAGGCCAAACCAAAACACAGUUUGAAAACUAAUGAACCUGGCAGAAAUUCUAACAAAAGGAAGAGUUUUCAGAAAAACAAUAAUCAAAGGCCUAAUCCUAUCAGACAAUCUCAUAACAAUGGUAUCAGAAACUGCUAUCAGAAAGGCAGAUAUCAGGAGAAGAUUAACUAUAGGCAGAAGAGGUUGUCUGGUCAACCUCAGAAGCCUAAAGUUAAGCGCCCCUCUGAUCUUGAUAGUAUAUGGGACUUCUUUCCAACAAAGAAGGCUAUGCAAAAGUAUGCAAACAGAAAGCAUGAUCCUCACAAGCAUCUGCCCAAAGUGAAUCAUACAUCUGUUUACUACAACUACCAGGUGGACAAUGGGUACCAUCCACCAAGGUUUCAGUUGAUGAGACCAAAAUGGUACCAACUUCCAAGACUGCAUUACCCCCCAGGACCCAACAUUGCUUGGGUACCUAAAUCUUCCUUUUAAUCUUGCAGGAACUGUGUGCUGGAGCUAUCUCAGAACAAGAAUGGUUUAUAGACAGCGGAUGCUCCAGACACAUGAUAGGUGACAAGAGUUGCCUAUCAGAGUUCCAGAAAUACAAUGGACCCCGAGUCACUUUUGGAGGAAAUGACAAGGAUGGUCAAACAAAAGGAAGAGGAAAGCUGAUCAAGAACCAGAUAGUCAUUGAAGAUGUCUCAUAUGUCAAGGGUCUGAAGUUCAACUUGCUGAGUGCUAGCCAAUUCUGUGACAAAGGCUACACAGUUGAAUUCACCAAGACCUUAUGCUAUGUCAAGCAUGAGACAACCAAAAAGGUGGUUCUUACAGCCAAGAGAAGAAAGAACAUCUAUGUUGUUGACUGGCAAACAGCAAAAGAUGGAACCUGUCUGAUAGCAAAGGACAUUUCAAAGCUAAGCUGGGACUGACACAAGAAGCUUAGCCACCUGAAUUUCAAAACCAUCAACAAACUGGCAAGAGAACACAUUGUAGAUGGUCUUCCUGACAUUGUCUACAAGAAGGAGACCCUCUGCAGUGCUUGUCAGAAAGGCAAACAAGUGAAGACCUCAUUCAAACCCAUAGCUGGAGAUCUUUCUAUUUGUCCUCUAAAUCUGAUCCACAUGGAUUUAUUUGGACCAGUUGAAACUCCCAGUGUUGGUGGAAAAAGAUAUACUCUUGUCAUGGUUGAUGACUACUCAAGAUACACAUGGACUGUGUUCCUAACUAAGAAGAAUGAAACUCUUCAGAAGUUACCAUCUCUGUUAAAGCAACUUCAGACUGAGAAGAACAUGAAGGUCAGGACAAUCAGAUCUGACAGAGGAACUGAAUUUGUCAACAAGGUGAUCAAGGACUUCUGUGAUCAGAAUGGCACAUUCCAUCAACUCUCUGCUGCCAGAACACCCCAACAAAAUGGUGUUGCAGAAAGAAGGAACAGAACACUGAAAGAAGCCGCAAGGACCAUGAUUGCUGAAUCAGGACUGCCCAUCAGAUACUGGGCUGAAGCAAUCAACACUGCAUGCUACACUCAGAAUAGAAGCAUGAUCCACAAGAACCAUCAGAAGACACCCUAUGAGCUGUGGAAAGGAAGAAAGCCAAACAUCAGCUACUUCCAUGUGUUUGGAUGCAAGUGCUAUAUUCUAAACAAUGGAAAGGAGAAUCUGAAAGUAUUUCAAGAAAAAGCUGAUGAAGGUGUAUUCUUAGGCUAUUCAAGCUCAAGCAAAGCCUAUAGAGUACUCAACAGGAGAACUAUACAAGUUGAAGAAUCCAUUCAUGUCAAGUUUGAUGACAGCACCUCUGCUGAAGAAAUAUCAGAAACCCUGCAGAAGAUCAAUCUUGAUGACAAAAGUUCAGAACCAUCCGAAGAGGUCACCAUCAAUCCUGUUUUAUCAAUCCCUCCUGCUAAUCCAAUUCUGAUAGACAAAGAUGAAGAUGAAGAAUCAGAAGAUGAACCAUCAGAGUUGCCUAGACAGCAACUAUCAGAACCUGAUCUAACUUGGUUAAGAGACCAUCCUCCUAAUCAAGUGAUUGGUCAAGUUACCAGUGGAGUAAGGACCAGAUCUGCAUCAAGAAGAGAAGCCAUGUUCACCUGCUGUAUUUCCCAGAUGGAACCAAUGUGUGUGGAAGAAGCUCUAGAAGAUUCAGACUGGAUCAAUGCAAUGCAAGAAGAGCUGACACAGUUUGAAAGGAAUGAAGUAUGGAAACUUGUUCCUCGACCAAAGCAUCAGAAUGUCAUUGGAACCAAGUGGGUAUUCAAGAACAAAGCAGAUGAAGAAGGCAACAUUGUAAGGAAUAAAGCAAGGCUUGUAGCAAAGGGAUACUGUCAAGAAGAAGGCAUAGAUUUUGAUGAGACCUUUGCACCUGUUGCAAGACUAGAAGCAAUCAGGAUAUUUCUAGCCUAUGCUGCCUACAAGGACAUCAAAGUCUACCAGAUGGAUGUCAAGAGUGCAUUUCUGAAUGGAGAACUUGAAGAGGAAGUUUAUGUUGAACAACCUCCAGGUUUUGUCAUUCCUACUCAAUCUUCUUGUGUCUAUAAGCUGAGAAAGGCCCUUUAUGGUCUUAAGCAAGCUCCCAGAGCUUGGUAUGACACAUUGUCCCUAUUCUUAGUGAACCAUGGGUUUACUAAAGGAAAGGUUGACAAGACUCUAUUUCAAAUUUCUGUUGCUAAUCAUAUUCUAUUAGUGCAAAUCUAUGUUGAUGAUAUUAUAUUUGGAAGCACUAAUCCAGAAUUAUGCAAGAAGUUUUCUAAAGUUAUGCAGAAGAAGUUUGAAAUGAGUAUGAUGGGAGAACUCAGUUACUUUCUUGGAUUACAAGUCAAACAAGUACCAGAAGGCAUCUUUAUCAACCAAGGAAAGUACACCAGAGAUCUCAUCAAGAAGUUUGGAAUUGAUGGAAAAACUUCAGUCAAAAUUCCUAUGAAUGCAUCUCAAGGAAUUGGACCAGAUGAUGAAGGAAAGGAUGUUGAUGCAACAACUUAUAGAGGAAUCAUUGGAUCUCUCCUCUAUCUGACCGCAAGCAGACCAGACAUAGCUUUUGCUGUAGGAAUCUGUGCCAGAUACCAAUCAAAGCCCAAGGAAAGCCAUUUGGUUGCUGCUAAGAAGAUCAUCAGAUAUAUCAAGGGAAAUCCAAAUGCAGGCCUAUGGUAUCCCAAAGGAGGUAAUUUUGAACUAAUUGGUUAUUCUGAUUCAGAUUUUGCAGGUUGUAGAUUGGACAGGAAGAGCACUUCCGGUCAUUGCCAAAUGCUAGGUGGGAGACUUGUCUCCUGGUUUAGCAAGAAGCAGAAUUCAAUCUCAACUAGCACUGCUGAAGCUGAGUACAUUGCUGCUGGAAGCUGCUGUGCUCAAUUACUUUGGAUGAAGCAACAACUCAAGGAUUAUGGGGUGCAAGCAAAGGAAAUCAAGCUGCUAUGUGACAAUACAAGUGCUAUUGCCAUCACUCAGAAUCCUGUGCUGCAUUCAAGGACAAAGCAUAUUGAGAUCAGACAUCACUUCAUCAGAGAUCAUGUGGAGAAGAAGCACAUCUCAAUUGAGCAUGUUCCAACUGAAGAUCAGCUUGCGGAUAUCCUAACCAAACCUCUUUCAGAGGCUAGGUUUAAUAAGUUGAGAGAAGAAUUGGGAAUGAUGGAUGAUCUUCCCAGAGAUUCAUGAAUCAGAGUUACAGAAGUAUCAGAUGUGGACUCAUCAGAACACCCCAUCUCUGAUACCUGAGCUUUUAUCCGUCAGAAGCUUGAAUCAGAGUUACAGAAGCAUCAGAUGCGGAUCCAUCAGAAUUCACCACCUCUGAUACGCUUAUCCAUCAGAGAACCCUAUGUCAGAACACCCCUUCUCUGAUAUAUGGAAUAUUAUUCAUCAGAGUGGCUGUGGACUUAGAAAAUUCUCUAAAUUUCGGGCGAGACUGUUCAAUAAACCGGAAGUUACCUUUUUACCCCCGGUAGUUAUUACCAUAUUUGGAAAACGGCUUUCCGCCCACAAUCCAUUUAAUGCGACCUCGAAACCGCAAAUUAUAUCAAACGUCCACUAACCCAAAUUCAUAUAUACUCCUUCUGAAAACCUAAAUCGCUACUGCAAUUUUAUUCUUCGUCCUCAAGCUCUAUCUCUCUAAAACUUCCAACCUUCAGACCUUCUCAAAUCUCUCAAAGAACCUGAAAAUGAAGUUCAUCAACAUCACCGACCUCUCCGAAUCGGAAGCCAAGGCGCUUGUGGCUAACAUUGCCACAGGGAUGAAGGUUGACAUGUCCUCCUUGCCGUUGCUGGCAGAAAACAAGAAAAUCAUGAAAGAAGUCAUUGCUGGGAUGAUUGACUCACAGCUAAACAAGAUUGUAGCUCAUCCUUAUGAGCACUUCAGCAACUUGGAUGUGGCUGAGUUUUAUCUCAACGCCUACAUUGCUGACAACACCAUCCACUCUCAAGUCCAGGGGAAGGACUUGAAGAUUGAUGCUGAAUCACUGAAUGGGUUCUUCGGGAUCGAACUCGACUCUCAAGACAUUGACACCCCGACACUCAUCGACUUGGAGUCAGUCGAAGUCUCUGUGGAGACAUUUGUGGACACCUACUGCCGGGAUGAUGCAACCGGAGUAGACAAACUGUACAUGAAGAAGAAUGUCCUGAAGAAGGACUUUGAAAGGCUUAUGAGCAUCAUGCACAGAUGCCUAUGGUGCAAAACUGGGUCAACUGACCAGAUGAACAAUGCCAACUCCAAGGCCAUCUUUGCAGUUCACAGGGGCAUGAACAUCAACUGGGGAAAGGUACUCUUCCAGUCUAUCUCUGAGUCCAUUGCUAAGAAGGACAAAAAGAUAGGGAUGUUCUUCACCAAGAUGGGCCAUGGACUUCUGAUAUCUAGUCUCAUAUCCAAUGUCAACAUAGCGCUCAGAGAAGCCAAUGAAGUCAACCACAACAAGACCAUCUUCCUCACUGCUUCACCCAAACUUCAUGUUGCUGUUGCUGCAGAGCUGAAGAAAACCAGCAAGUAUGAGCAACUGAGGGAGAAACCAGUCACUACAGUUGAGGUUGAUGAUGAACAACCCAAGGCUAAGAAGAAGAAGCUUCAGAAGAAGCCUAAGACUACCACUAAGAAAAAUGCAUCAGAAGAGGAUGCAUCAGAACCGGAAACCUCUGUUGUGGCUCCCAAAGUCACUCCUGUCAAGAAAAUGUUGAGACAGAAGAGGAGAAGAAGAGCUGUGAUUCAGAGUGACUCUGAUAGCUCACAAUCUCCUAUCAGAGUGCAGAAGAAGAAGAAGAAGGCCAACUCACCCCCCAAGGAAUCAGAACCUCAGGGGGAACCUGCACCAGAGUUGGCUACUGCACUGGUGAUCUCUGAUGCUCAGGGGGAACCUGAAUCAGAGGUCCAACCUUUAUCUGCACCAGAUUUGCAAGUCACCAUGUCUCCAACAGAACAGCUAACCUCUACUACUGCUCUGGACAGACAGUUUCAAAGGGUACUCUCAUGGAGGAAGUGGAGAAUGGGACCUCUGCAGCAAAUCCUUGCUCAAGCUGCAGCCUUUGAAUCUGAGGAAGAAGAAGUCCUCAAAUGGGCAGGUACAGACGAUGUUUCACUAUGCUUUGAUCUUCAAUUCUUGCAUUCUAUGUUGGAAAAGAAAAAGGAAAGCCUCAAGGGAAAAGAGAAGAUGACUGCUCCACCAUCAGAAGAGCAUGUCAAGCCUCUAUCAGAGAGUGAGAUUCCAGUCUUUGAAGAAUGGCUGGUGGAGAUGAAAAGGAGGGAAUCUCUGAGAAAAUAUCCCUACCUUCCUCACUUUCACGGUGAAUCCUCAAUUGCCAACAAUAUGCCACUGGCAAUGCAUCAACUGAUCAGAGAGUGGAGGAACUCUCAGACUGAGGAGACUUCUGUUGAGGUAAUACCUAACUCUCCCUCUCCACCUGUUCAUAUUACACCAGAACCCCAUACCUCACCUCCUAAAUCUCCUUCACCAAAACCUUCCACUCCCUUAUCAACCCCACCAGAGAACCCCCAACCUCCAUCAGAUUCACCUACUACCUCACCCAAGAAAUCCCCCACACCCAAACCUUCCUCACCCUGUCAUCAGAUUACCCCCAUCAGAAGCCGCUCACCCUCACCUCCUCCUCCAUCACAACAUCAGAGAACCCCUACCCCUCAAACCUCACCUCAUCAGAGCUCCCACCAUCAGAAAUCCAAAUCUCCUUCCCCUCAGCAAUCUGCAGCCUCUACUCCAAAGAAAGAACCAGUUGUGAGGAUUCUCUCCUCCUCCGAGGACAAUGAUGGCUUCCUAACCUCAUCAUUGGCUGGGGAUCUACAGUCUAAUAAGAGGAAGACGCCUACUCCUCCUCCAUCUCCUGCUCAACCACAACCUCAAAUCAAUGAUAUACCUCAGCCAGAACCACCAAAAGCUGUCCUCAUCCCCUUCCAGGAGUUUGUGGAAUCAGCUGAAGACUUUGGAGAUCAGAUGGUGGCUGGACUGAACAAGUUGCUUGUACUGAAUCAGAAGCAUGAUGCUCAUCUUGAUUUGGUACAGUACAACAUUGAAUCAGGACUUGACAAAAUCUCAAACGCUCUCUCACAAUUGUCAACUACCUUCUUGAGCUACAUGAAGACCUCUACUGAGAAGGUAGACAAUAUAGCCUCAGAGGUAGCAAGCAUCCACACUGUCCUCUACUCUCAAUCUCUGACCCUCUCUGCUCAAGACAAGGCCAUUCAGGAGCUGUCUGAUGCUGUGGAUGAUCUUCAAUGGUCCUCUGAUAAGCAUGCUGAGCAACUCACAGAUGUAGAGGACAUCUGCAAAACCUUGAAGGAAUUUGACAUCAAACUGAUAAACAGUGGAAAGGACAGAGAUCACAAGCUGACUCUCCUCGAAGCUACUACCAAGGAUAUUCAAUCGGCUGUGGGCAAGCAAAAGGAACUGAUAGAAGGGCUGGCCUCAGUAACCCAGACUCUUCCUGGGGCUCUGGAGGCGAUCAAAGACAAUAAUGCUACAGAGUUCUCCAAAAUUGGACUCCUGCUUGGCGACCUUGUUGAUGCCAAAAAGGGGGAAGAAAUCAGAGAACCUGCUAGAGCCAUCAGAGCUGCAGAAGGAACUAGCACCAGAGCUGUUGAUCCUGCUGUAUACUUUGAAAGGGCAAGACAAAAGAGGAUUGCUGCUGGUACUCAGAGACCACCUCUUCCAAGAUCAAAGAAAGGGAAGAAGUCAACUUUCACUCUUGCUCAAUGGCUUAAAAGUGAUCUAGCUAAACCUGAUGCUGCUCAGUUUCAAGAAAUGAAGAAGCACAUGACACCUCUCCAACAGGAAAAUCUUAUUCUGGAUAGAGAUGGGACGAUCAUCAUAAAUCAUGGUGGUUCCAUGCAAGAAGCAGAGGAUUGGUGGCACAUGAAAGUGAUCCCUGGCAAGGACAUCUCUGAAGCCAUCAGAAAUUAUCUUGAUUGCAAGCUUGAACCUGCCUGGUCAGAGUGUCAGAACCCAAGGAACUUGGCCUCCAUCAGAGCAAAGGUAAAUGCUGAUCUGAAAGAAAUUGAAGCAAAGGAAGCUGAACUAGAAGAGGAAGAUAUCUAAACACUAUCCUCUUGUUGCUUUAAAUAUCCUCUUUUAUAUAAAAUAACCAGCUUGCCUCUAUUUUGCAUGGCAAUUUCAAAUUAUUUCUUUUUUGCACUCUGAUUAUUUAUGCUCUGAUAUCAAUUGUGUUAUUUCUUACCUUUGUUUAUCUGAUUGAUUGUAUCUUACUCUUACUAUUUUCCUAUGCCAAGUGCCCACCAAGAUUCUAAAUGAAAGUUUAUUUUUAACUUAUUUCUCUUCAUGGUGAAAGGCACUUCUCUGGGAAUAGUUUAAGGGUUUUGGCAUCAUCAAAAAGGGGGAAAUUGUAAGGAAUAAAUGUAAUUAGAUUUUGAUGAUGCUAGGAUGUCUAGAUUAGAAUUUUAAAGUACCCCCAAUUAGAUUUUAUGUAUUAGAAUUUUCAUUUGUAAGUAUUAAUGUAGUCGACGAUCAGAGUUGCUCUGUUUUGGAUCAGAUCAGAAGUGCAUCAGAACUGCUCGACCAAACUUGCUCUAUGAGAACUGCUCCAUCAGAGUUCUCUUACCAGAAGUCCAUCAGAGUUGCACCAUGAGAGUUGCUGAUAAACUUGGACAUCUGAUAACCGAUGAGAGUUACAGAUCAGAGGUACUCAUCAGCGGACCUAUCAGAGUCAGAGUUAGAGUUCAGUCAGAGAUCAGAAAGCCAUCAGAACUCAACUCAUCAGUAAGCCAUCAGAAUCCAACACAUCAGAAGAGCCUGAUCAGAGCCCGACUAACACUUAGAAGAUUUCAAGCAACAUCCAACAGCUAUGAAUCCAACGGGUAAAAACAUCCAACGGCUAGAAGACUGUGCAUGAAAGGAAAGCAUUUAAUGCACAUUAAAUGAGCCUGAUACGCUGAAGGAUUGAUUGCAAAUGAUUGACCAAGGAAUCCGAGAAGAUAUAUUAUACAAAUAGAAACCUUCCAAAACGGCGGUCAAGUCAACUGUACGCGCAUUUAAUGCAGUUGUCUCCUCCUCCAACGGGCAGACAACCUCAGUAUAUAAGCUACACACCGAAGAACAGAAAAACAACUUUGCUAAAAAAACUUUUGCUCCAUUCACUGAACAUACUUCUUGAGAUUCAAUCCUCAUAACACUCUACAAGAAAAGUCCUACGUUGGGAAGAUUCAAACUCCAAAUCUUUCAUCCCCAACAACGAGCAAAGUUCAUCCUGUUCUUCAACACUUCAAGAUCUUCAUAACACAUCAAUUGUGACGAAGCUAGUUGGAGGAAAAACUUUGUGUUUUUCAAAGGAUCUUCUGCAAAGAAGGGCGUCCAAGUAACUGCAGCAGUGAAGUGGUGAUACUUCCGGGAAGCUGAGUGAAAGGACCAGUCAUCAGGAAGCAGGACUGCAUCCCGGGUGACAACUAGGCUUGAAGAAGGCGUGGAGAACUUCUUAAGUGCUAGGGAUUAGCUUUGUAACCGAUCUACUUCAAAGCUAGUGGAACAGUGGACUAGAGGAACGCGUUGUUCCUUGAACCACUAUAAAAAUAUCCGGUGUCAUUUACUUUACUGCAAUUUAUAUUUCUGCACUUAGGAUAUUAACUGUUAACUCUAAGACUUGGAAUCUGUGUUCAGCAGAUCUUGUUUUCAGAGUUAUCAGAAAGGCAUAUGCCUUAGUGUUUCAGAGGCUACCCGGACAGAUCAGAAUCCGCUGCCAAGGCCAGUUCUGAUAUCAGAACCAGCCUUUCUCUGUCACCAGAAUCAGACAUUCUCUGAUAAGUCAUUUUUGACUUAGAGAAGAGUUGAAAAACCAAUCAGUCUAUUCACCCCCCCCCCUCUAGACUGAUUACUAUAUUAAACGGGACCAACAGUUAGUAUAAAUAAACUAUUGAACUAAUUAAAGUUGUUAUUGAGAUUAGAUUAUCAUUAAUGAUUAUUAUUUUGAAUUAUUGCCUAAGUCAAGUUAUUAUUAAAAGGGUUAUUAAAUAAAUUAUAUAAAUUAUGUAAACUGAAUUUUGAACUGAAAUUGAUUAUUUAAAUUCAAAAUAAUGAAAUUAUUAUGUAGUUAAUAUAAUUGGACUAGUUAACUAUUUAACCAAACAAAUUAAGAAAAACGGAGUUGGGUUAUUAUAAUUAAAGAAAAUAAUAAGAAUGAACUGGAAAUAAAUAGUUAGUAAGAUUUAUUAAUUUAAUAUUUAUAGAAGAAAUUAUGAAGUUAAAGUAAUUAAAGGUUGGAUAUAAAAGAAAUAACGAAAUAAUAGAAUAGUUAUUGAUUUAGAAUUUUGAUCAAUAUUAGAAGGAGAAUUCAAGUGAAGAUCAAGCUAGAGAUUUUAUUAAGGAGAUUAUCGCAAUUUAAGAUAUCAUGGCACCGAGAAGAGACCCUGAUAUCACGCCCACCAAUACUGAGUUGGCACAAAGCGUUCAACAACUGGCACAAUUCAUGCACACACUAGGUGCUACUGUGCUCCAGAACAAUCAAAACCAGAACAACGGGAAUGAUGCCGCAAAACGAGUGGCAUCUCGCAACCCUCCAAGCUUUCAUGGGCAAGAAGAUCCUCGUAUCCUCGAGAAUUGGCUCCAACUCUUUGACAAACUCUUCGACGCGGUGAGCUGUCCGGAAGAGCAAAGGGUUGACAUUGCUGUUUACUAUUUACAGCAAGAGGCGGAUAACUGGUGGGUCUCAUCAGGCCCAACUUUACGUCAACAACCUGACUUCAAUUGGGAAGCUUUCAAGAUUGCCAUGAGGAAACGUUUUUAUCCUGCACACGUUCAGGCCACCAUGCGUGAUGAAUUCAUACAUUUGAAACAGAUGGGCAUGAGUGUCCAAGAAUAUCACAAUAAAUUCGUGGACCUUGCACCAUUUGCGAAAACAAUAGUGCCUGAUGAAAGCACCAAAGUUGAGAAAUUUAUCUACGGAUUAAACUAUGAUACGCAGAAAAUCGUCGCUGUUUUGGGUUGCCAAACUCUGACUGAUGCCUAUGAUAGAGCUGCAGUUCACUAUCGAGUUCAGCAAAUACAAAGAGAGAGGAACCAGAAGAUAAAGAGGGACGAAGAUGGAGGUCGAGGAGAAAAGAGGGUCAGAGUGCACCCACCUACACAGCAACAAGAAGGGAGGAGGAGGAGAGAUGACCAAGGUGGAAGAAAUUUCCACGGUCAAAACCAACAAAAUGAUCGAAGAGCUGCUCCCAGAGAUAGGCACUUCUACUGCAAGAGGUGCGGGAGAGAUCAUCCCGGUGUUAACUGCGAUGGAAGCCUGACAAAAUGUUUCAAUUGUGGGAAGCUAGGGCACCGAACCUUCGAGUGUCUCUCAAAGACCAAUGGGGCACCAGUGCACCAGGUGCAAUACCGUGAUGGAGGAAGACCAGAUAUGAACCAAGCUGGGCCAAAUGGAGGACAAAAUAACAACAACAAUGCCGCCGCCGCCAACAACAACCGCAACCCUCGAGGAGGAGGGGAGAAUAAUCGUGGCAAUGGCAAUGGCGGGAACAAUGGCAAUGGCGGAAACAACGGCAACCGUCCGAACCAAGGGCGAAUCAUGGUGAUGAAUCAGGCCCAAGCCAAUGCUAAUGAUGUGGUUUCAGAAGCUAAUAAUAGGAUAAGCCAACGAAGCAAUCUCGAGCAGUCUACUAGUUGAGCUUCGUUUUGAGCCUAUAAAUACAUGACCUGCGUACUGAGCAUCUCCACACCAAGCUAUUAGCUUACUCGCCGGAAAUAUACACCUAUAUAUAUAUAUUUACGUAAGGAAUUACCUAUAAGCAAGAGAGGAGGGUCGUGAGAGGUCUAGGAAUACUUCCCAAUAAAUUCCAGACCGAUUCGUAGUCACCGGAGCAUCCUAGAGGUCGCCGGAGUUGCAAGCCGUGGAAACGGGUCUUCAGAAAAGACACGAUUUUGCCGUAGAUAGGGGUGGCGGAGCUUCUCCUCGACGUGAGGAUCAUUUUGCAACUUGAAUCGUCGAAAUCCGUUACCUAAGGAGAAUUCAAGUGAAGAUCAAGCUAGAGAUUUUAUUAAGGAGAUUAUCGCAAUUUAAGAUAAUUAUGAUUAUGAAGAUUGAUGUACUUGCUGCCCGAGUGUUCCGCUAGUUGCACACGUUUGAUUAAUUAUUGUUGUUUAAAUUUGUAACCCAUAAACUUGUUUUAAGUUUUAUCAGAUGGCUACUUGAAUUAAUGGUGGAUAGCCUGUGCACUCAAUCAUGUAUAGGUUGAGUGUGGCGGUGACACACCUGUUUUUCCAUUAAAGACUUCCGCUGUACUCUAAAUAUGUUUUAUAAUAAAGAUGUUUUCAUUUCAAA